CCUAAUAAAGAUAUUGAUCGCUUUAGAACCUGGAUGGUUGGAGGUGACAUUUUGGGAAAGGAUAAUGAAUACAUCUUCAAGUACCGAAGAGUAUGCCACUUACAUUUUGAGAGUAAAUAUCACACCAGGAACAAAACACUUUCAAUUAAUGCUGUCCCCACACUUAGGUUAUCAAGUCUUUUUGUCAAAAAACGUUGCCACAGAAAUACUACUGAACAAACAUUAGACGUUUCUCUUGCUGCUCCUUCAACAUCAGGGCUUUCUUCUGUUGGAAACCGUUGCUUAACUGAUGUUACUAACCAAGUUUUGAAUAUGCCUCCUGCUACGCCUUCAACAUCAGGUGAUCAAUCCCAAAGACAAGAUGAACGUAUGGAUAUUGAUAAUGAUGAUUUACAGAAGAAAACUGUCCAUUCUGUGAAAUCACGGAUCAUCAAAAAAUGUCCAGGGGCCAGUGAGCAACAACUACAUAGAGAAAUCAAGAAAUUACAAAAAGAUAAAGACUCUUCAACAACGGUUAAAAAAAGCCAGAAAGCUCAGUACAAAUUCUGCAUUUCAAAAUGCUUUGAAGAAAUUUAAAACAUUAGCUGCUAUUUUUACAGUAAUGCAGUUUAGAGAGAUUAAUAAACCUAAAAUGGGAAGGAGAUUUACUAAAGAAGAAAAGAUAAUGGCACUUUCUAUGUACAAGCGAGGACCUCGAGCUUAUAGAUGGCUCAGCAAAAUUUUCAUCUUGCCAUCUUCAGUAACUUUAAGUAGGCUUCUUUCAAAAGCUGGUUUGAAGCCUGGCUUUUUAAGGAAGCUGGUUUUUUAAUGAAAACAUUUUUAACCAAUUGCAUGAAAAAUUAAAAGGAAUGAAAGAACAUGAAAAAUUGUGUACAUUAAUAUUCGAUGAGAUGGCUAUCACUCCGCACUUUGACUACAACAGAAGAAAAGAUCGAAUAACGGGAUUUGUAAAUUAUGAAGGAGAAUCAGUAAGAAAAAUUGCAGAUCAUGUGUUGGUAUUCAUGAUCAGAGGCAUUGUAACAAACUACAAACAGCCGAUUUUCUACUCAUUUUCUGCUGGGAGCACACGAAAAGAAGUUUUGGCACAACUGAUAAAACAAAUAAUCCGAGAAUUGAACAGAAUAGGAUUUACUGUUAUGGCUACGGUAUGUGACCAGGGAACGUCAAAUGUAAGCGCAAUCAAUUAUUUAAUUGAAGACACUCGACAGAAGUACUUAAGAAACAAUAAAAUUUUAAAACACUCAAUAUUUGAGGUUGAAGGGAAGACUGUGAUUCCAUUAUACGACCUCCCUCAUUAAUUGAAAGGGUUACGAAAUAAUCUUAUAACAAAAAAAAUGAAAUAUUCCAUGGAUGGCCAAGAAAAAGUAGCAAAGUGGGAACACAUACAAUUAUUAUAUAGAAACAACCCAACCUACAAAGGACUGAAACUUAUAAAAAAAUUGUCUGAGAAUCACUGCAAUAAAGAUAAGAUACCUAAAAUGAAAGUAAAAUUUGCAUCCCAAUUGUUUAGCCAAACAGUUGGCAAAACCAUGGGUUAUUUAGCUGAGAAUGGAAUUCUUCCUGAGGAUGCAAAGGACACCGCAGACUUAUUAAUCUUUAUAGAUAAUUUAUUUGAUUCGAUGAAUGGAAGUUUUCAAAAUUCAAAAACCCGCAGUGGCAAAGAAUUAUUAAGAAAUGUCACACCAAAUUCUCUGCACAAAAAUGUAUGGACUCAAUCAAAAAAUAUAAUAAAAUCAAUGAAGUUUGUAUCUGCCACAGGAUCUGCUGGUACUGUGCCAUCUAUAAAUAA